AUGUCGGGCCCUGCGAGCGUGAGGGUCUCGGGUCCUCCAAACAGUAGCUUUCUCGUGGGCUACCCUGGUAUCUCUGCGACUUUGCCGCGCAUCGAAGGAAAAGUCGAAAUUCGCCCUGGCCAGGGUUUUUCCAUGCCCGUACCUGUCUCCCUCGUUCGAAUAUGUCUUCAGCGCCGAGAAACAAUACACCCCGAUGCAGAUAGCAUUGCCAAACGACAUCUAGGCGCCCCCCGCCGCGAGACCACGGAUCUGGUCGGAAAAGAGCAGCUUCUCUUUCGCUGCUCUUCCGGGAAGGAGGCUGAGAGGAUCAUUGCUAUGGAUCUACCGUUCGUUCUGUUUAUUCCUUUUGGUCGCGGCGGCGAAGAGUCGAAUCGGCGUAUACCUCCCGCGUCCCUGCAACUACCCAGCCGAACCGCCGAAACAUACUACGAACUCGUCGUUACUGUUCAGCAGGGCCACAGCAACCAGUACAAGUACACUUUUCCCAUACCUUUGCAACGCUAUGAUACACUUUCUACAUUUGGAAUGUAUAACAAGCCCGAAUCCAAAUUGGUCACCAACGAUAAUAUCGUACACCUCGGCAUCAAUCUACCACGGUGGAGCUACGGCCCCAAGGAUCCCAUCACAGUCUAUAUCAAACUGUCGCCAAACCUCGACUGGUUAAGUAAAGCGAAACGCGUCACAAUUGAAAAGAUUACCUUGACUGUUGAAGAGGAAAUCACAUUCAACCCAGAAGGUGAUGAACCUACGAAGAAGAUCAACAGGGUCACGAAACAGACCCAACCGGUUAAGACAAAGAUGCCAGAGGCGGGUUACGCCACGAAUAUCGGGCUGGAUUUUCCAUCCAAGGAUCUGAGAGAUCCAGACGGCGUUGUCAGGCGGGGAAAGCCUCAGUUUCCUCUUUACGAAGUCACAUCAUUUACCACGUCUUCUACCCUUUACAAAAUCGAGUUCUACUUGGUUAUUAAGGUCAAUCUUAGUGGUGCUCGAGAUGUAAUGAUACGACAGCCAAUUGUCAUCUGCCCCCUAGAUCAACAGGCCUGUAAGGAAGAGAUGGACGCGAUAGAACAGGCGGCUAAAGACGCCUCUCACGUCGAUCCGGCCAACCCGAUGCUUCCAGCGCCGACUGUUAUUCUCGCCAACGACCGCGAUUCAUUACGAGCAUUGGGUCUAUGCAUGGUCGGAGGCCAGAAGAAGCCAUUUAUUGAAUGA